AUGCUGAUAGAAAAGCCGAUUCGAGAACAAUUUUUGGGCGUCUUUCGAUUGAUUAUCAAAUGUUUAGGGCUAGAUUUGACGUACUCGAUUUUUAACAUUCGACAAGCGAAAGAAAAUGGCGAAAUGUCGAGAGCGAUUUUUUACACGAUCACCACAACGAUCAUUAUGACGAUUUUGAUUAUGGAAAACGUUGUGAUUGAGCAUCAAUCUUUCUCGAUUCUCUGGUUGUUAACGAAUGUGAAAUUCGGUAUGGUUUUACAUGGAACUGCUUCAGUUGGCUUUCUCGCUGGAAUGACGACAAGACGAGCGUUUUCUGGAGUGGAAAAGAGAUUGGAUGCACUCACGGAUCGUUCUCCCCCAAAACCAAUCGCCAAAAUGAUCGUGAUCAUUGUCGCAUUGAUUCUCUCGACUCUUCUCAUGUACAUCGUUUGCUCGCAUUGUGCUGAUGAUAUUAGAAAAUGGGAGAAAGCCCAAAGUCCCCGCGAUUUCCUUAAUUUCUGGGGCGCCGAUCCAUUUCUUCGAAUCAUUGCAGCCGCAUUUUCCUGCUUCUCUACGACAAUUUACGUGCUUUCAUGGGGUCCAGUGCUUACGAAUUUAACUCAUUUCAAUCAGGAAAUGAGAAAAACAAUAAAUACUUCGGAAAAGGAAAUGACUUAUGAAACUCUUGUCCACAUCUCGAAUCGACAAAAAGAACUGCUGACAUUUGUGCGCUUUAUGAAUAACACUUUUGGACGAUAUGUGAAUAUCGGGUUCUUGGGCGCGCUGAUUACACAUGUUGAUGCUCUCGGAAUCGUGAUUGGUCAAAGGAAAUGGUUGACGGGAAGUGAAGUCGCUCUUUUCACAGGCUAUAUGUUCAUCUCGGCGCUUCUCGUCGGAUGUCUCUUGAUUCCACCAGCUACCGCUAGUUAUAGGAUGCUCGAGCUUUCAAAACGUUUGCUUCUCAACACGAGCAUUGUUGGAAGUCGGAAUGAAAAGCAUCUUCCUUUAAUCAAUCAUAUUAUACAAAGAGCUGAAUCAAAAGAAAAUAAAUUAUCGUUGGCGAUGGCUUUCCGAAUUGAUGAGAAUUUUCCGCAUCGAAUAAAUUUCUUCAUGUUAGGGCUCGGCUAUGCGUUGGUGGUGCUGGGGAAAAUCUAUGGUGUACAGGAA